UUUAAACCGUUGUGAUUUUCCCUCGAAUGACAGCUCCUUGAGGCAGUUAGCAGGUUGUUCCGUUUGGUUAUACUUUGUUAUAGCUCACUUUUGUACCCGAUUGUCUCAGGUGGCUUCAUGUAAUGCCUGGUGCCACCGCACCAUCUAAACGAAGCGGUGGCAAUUCGCUACCCAAUUAGGCGCCCGUGGAAUCAUGGACGGUAGAUAGGGUACCGGAUUUGACCGCCCGUUGCGUGUGUAGGCUCUGACUCUCACCAGAGCUUUAUUUGGACGAUGAUUCGGGUUCGAAGAUUUCGCCAAUAAAUAAUUGUUCUAUCUAAUAUUCUAGUAUUCAUACCCUUGGUCUUAUUGGUCAUACCAUUUCUAACCACUCUAAUUCUGCCACAUGCAUCUGUGUCAAGCAGCUAUAUCUUUUCCCUGGUGCUAGCGACCAUCCAUCUGUGACUCUCAAUUUACUCGCAAUUUUAGUCAUGUUUACACCAGGCUGGUCAUUCGCUUUCAUGACUUCCCACGCGGGACCAUCGCAGCAUCGCAGCGGCGGGCGCGCACACUGUUCAAAACGUCGCGAUCCCUCACAAGAAGGAAGGAAGAUAAACCUCGUCGAUCUUGACGAUACCUUUACAGAGCGGAAUCCCGUAAAAAUCACCGUGAAGGAGUCCUGGGAAUUGCGCCACGUUGCUAAGUCCCUGAGAAAACAAUUCCCCGAAGGAGCCCAAGAAAUUCCCGAUGAUGCUGAGGUACAUUUCUUCUCGGACAAUAAGCGCCUAUAUGCAAGUGAUCGUAUCCCUCAGGAUCUUGACCUGCUACCUUAUAGGGUGUUACAUGACGGCGAUGAUGGUUCAUUCCGGGUCGUCUGGCGAGGAAACAAUUUGAAACUCCGUAAGCCCCAGAGGGAAGAAAUCGCUCGUGAAAUUACUGCGGGAAAGUCUGUAGGUAGUAUCCGAGAGUCAGUAGCAACCCUCCUGCGGGAAACGAACAAGACCAAAGAGUAUCUACUACAAAAUGCCAAUCAGAUCGUACUGGAAUGUGAAGGAGGCCUAAAGCAGCGAUUGCUAGAAGGAAAUAGUUGGGAAGCACGCAACGUGACGGAAUGGCUCUGUCGGUAUAUUGUUAUUAGUAUGAAGCCGGCCGACGGCUAUUUUGUUCUUCGAGGGUUCAAUGAACAAUACGUCUGCCAUAAGCCAUGUGUCAACAACCGCGGUUAUGCAGACUCGUCCAAACUCAAGAACUGGCUGAAGAACGAGAUUUUAUCGGCGGUCUCCUCGGACAAUAAAACCCAUCGGCGUCAUAUCAACCUGGAAGAUAUCAAAUUGACGUACCAUGGUAAGACGAUCCCAAGGAACAAUCACAUCCAACCCGGGGCUACCAUCGACUUUGAAGUUCCGCGUUCCAUAGAGGACAAGUUUGUUCGCGUCGAGAGUUGGCUAGUUCCUCUUACAGAGAUAUGCACAAUAUGCAAUGAAGAGAAGAGAGUCUCCGAGAUGCCGAACAGGAGAAAAACGACGGCGGAUUGCGACCAUGAUGCUACCGCUUGUAAACGGUGCCUCGGCCGUUGGAUAGGCUCAAGAUUGGGAGAAACACCAUGGGACCGUAUACUAUGUCCUGAGUGCCCCCAAUUCCUUAAAUACGAGGACGUCCGAGCUUUGGCCUCACGGGAAGUCUUGAAAAAAUACGACGUGCUAGCGACCAAGGCCUUGCUUUCGAGCAUCCCGGAGUUUAUGUGGUGUCUUCACUUGGGCUGCGAGUACGGCCAGAUCAACCCAGCCGGCUGUUCAAAGGCUAAGUGCCAAGGGUGCAAGCGUAGCCUCUGCGUACGGCAUAACGUCCCGUGGCACAGAGGAGAAACCUGCGACGAAUAUGAUAAAAGAACGCGUCGGCACAGGAAAAACGAGGAAGCCUCCGAAAGAAAGAUCCAGGAAAUGAGCAAACCGUGUCCGGGAUGCGAGAGGAAUAUCGACAAAUACUCAGGAUGCGAUCAUGUUACAUGUCCAUGUGGCCAUCAGUGGUGCUGGGUGUGCUUUCAACCGUACUACCUAGACAAAGGACUAUAUCUGUUCUGCCUGCACGCGGAGGGGUGUCAAUACUACAGCGACAACUCGCCCUACGAGAGAGGAGAGGAGAGGCCCCCGCGUCGACAGACACAAGCUGUUAAUAAUAAUGUCCGACCUCGACACCCCGCCAUCGAAGAUGAUAAUCCCUUCAACCAUACGCCUCGCGCCGAAGACGCCCGGGACCCACCAAAUCGCUGGGCUCGCCGCGGCGCCAUAUAUCAGAACCCGUUCUUACCCCCGCCCGUAGCCGGUCGUACGGAUCCCGACCAGUGGAUACACCGGCAGCCCAUAAGGAGCAGCGGCCGACGGAGGGAUCGCGCGGAGCGCCCUGAGCCCAUGGACGACUCGAUAUAAUCCGCCUACUCGACUAGGACUCAAGGCGAAGAGAGGAGUGUAGAAGGAGUUACUGUCAGGGUCGUACAUGCAGCAAGUAUAUUGGGUUGAACUGACGCCUGACUUUCUAUCCUCUUACGAGGGAGCUGGCGACCCUUUAUAUAGACGGCAAAGCCCUGCUUUACGACAUAGGUGCCCCUGGCAGUUACCUACGUGGAAUACCUACCUUGGAAUUUGGAAUGUGGCUACGAUAGAUCAUUAUGCGAGGAGAGUCGGCUUGCAAAGGCUUAUGCGUCUUCUCAAUUUUUUUCUUUCUCCUUUUUUUUUCUUUCAAGACAGUGCAACGCAGACUGAUCCGGCUAAGUAAAUGGGUUUUAUUUUGGGGACAGAACACGUUGGGUUUUCAUGCAGUACGUAUGUGUAUUUUUUGAUGGGCUAGCACAUCCUUUUUCUUACUGAAAUAGUUAGUUUCCCGCUUUUUCACGCGGGGGCUACAGAUGCUUGGUAUUGUGGGAUAAGAUCUGUACCUGCCUAAUCUUGGGUAGUCCAGGAACUGAAGCAUCCUUGAAUGAGAUAGUUAUAUGAUAUUUAGGUAGUUCUUAGAGUUAUAUUAGUUAUUUCUCAAUCUCGGUCAGU